CAUUCUUGCCGUUUCUGCUAGCGGUUUGACGGCUUUGAGGGAAGAAGAUACAUAUCCCAGAAAAAAACAAUGAAUAGUUUCCCUACAAAAGCAGCUAAAGCCGUCAACUUUUUAAAUCAAAACCUUCUCAGAGGCAUCAAAUCAUUGUGCGGUGAAGUUCAACAAGACUCCAAGUCGGUUCAAUUAGAUUCCUCAUCUUGCAUGCAAAUUUUGCAGCUCUGCAUCGAUUCUAAAGCCAAACGUGAAGCCCUUUCAGUUCACGGUCAAAUUAUAAAAAAUGGGUUUUCUUCAAAUGCCCAUCUAGGUACCAAAUUAAUCAUUUUUUAUGCCAAAUCCGGUGAUAUGAUGGCCGCGAAUAAGGUGUUCGAUGAAAUGUCUGAAAGAACUGUUGUGUCAUGGACGGCUAUGAUUUCAGGGUAUUCCCAAAAUGGGUCUUUCGAUAAUGCUUUGUUGGUGUUUUCGGAGAUGAGGAGAGCGGGUUUCAAGGGCAAUCAGUUCAGCUACGGGAGUGCGCUGAAAGCUUGUACUGGUUUGAGGUGUUUUAAAGGUGGGAUUCAAAUUCAAGGGUGUAUUGAGAAAGGGAGGUUCGUUGGGAACUUGUUUGUGCAGAGUGGGUUACUUGAUUUGCACGCAAAGUGUGGAAACAUGGAGGAUGCGUGUCGGUUGUUUCGUGGAAUGGAAGAAAGGGAUUUGGUUUCUUGGAACGUGAUGAUUGGUGGAUUUGCUUUUCAGGGUUUUGCUUCCAAUGCAUUUAGGUUGCUGCGAGAAAUGAUAAGAGAAGGAAAGCUCCCUGAUUGCUUCACAAUGGGCAGUGUUUUGAGAGUCCCCGUUGGAGAUGAUGGUCUGGUGAAGAUUGGACAAGUACAUGGACUGAUAUAUCGACUAGGGUUUGAAUCGUAUAAUGUGUUGGAGGGAUCACUAGUUGAUGCAUAUUCUAAAUGUGGAAGUUUACAGUGUGCUUCGAAGUUAUAUCAAAAUAUGUCAAUGAAAGACAUUAUAUCAUGCACGGCCUUGAUCUCUAGUUUUGCACGUGAGGACAAGCGAAAUAGAGAUGCCUUGGAUCUCUUUAAAGAGAUAAAUUCGAUGGAAGUGGCAAUGGAUGAUAUGAUGUUGUGCUCUGUUCUUAAUGUAUGUGCCAAUAUUGCAGAAUUGAGCUUGGGAAGGCAGGUCCAUGCUUGUUCUUUAAAAUGUCACCCCGCCAAUGAUGUGGCAAUGGGCAAUGCUCUAAUCGACAUGUAUGCUAAAUGUGGGGAAAUAAAAGAUGCUAAUAAGGUAUUCAAUGAAAUGGAUGAGAGAAAUGUAAUUUCAUGGACGUCGCUUAUUGCUGGAUACGGAAAGCAUGGAUAUGGACACGAGGCAAUCACAUUAUAUGAGAAAAUGGAGCAUGAAGGCAUGAAGCCUAAUGAUGUAACUUUUUUGACUCUCUUAUUUGCUUGCAGCCAUACUGGGUUGAUUAAGAAAGGUUCAGAGUUGUUUAAUUCAAUGGUCAGCAAAUAUGCGAUAUUGCCUCGAGCUGAGCAUCUUUCCUGCAUGGUGGAUCUCUUUGCACGUGGAGGGCAGUUAGAAGCUGCUCAUAAUCUGAUAUGCGAGAUGAAUAUUAAACCUACCGCAUCACUUUGGGGUGCCAUUCUCGGGGCUAGUAACAUCUAUGGCAACAUGUACAUAGGAGAAGAGGCGGCAACACACCUUUUUAAUAUGGAUCCAAAGAAAUCAGUUAACUACAUUGCCUUAGCCGGCUUAUAUGCAGGAUCUGGUGCAUGGGAAAGUGCUCGGGAGACACGUAAAUUAAUGGAUGAGAGAAGUGCUGUGAAGGAUCCAGGAUACAGCCUUCUGAGCUCUACAAAUAAGGAAAUGGUGCUUUCGAAGCCAAGUUGAAAUUGUCAAGUUAUCUUAUUAUUGUUAAUAUGGAAGAUGCAGCUGUAUUUACAAUAUCACAAGAAAACACUUAAAUUUACGGUGACGGUAGAGGAGAUGGAGCAUUGGUUUUGUUUAUUUUCUUUCUACUCGAUGGACAUUAUUCUGCUUGACUAAUGUCCGGUUCCGGUAAGGCAGGAUCCCCUAAGCAGAGAAAACAGACAACUAGUAAUGGUGGGUUUGCUUUUCGGAUCAAGGUAACUACAUCGGUGUAUUGACCUAUGAAUGAGGAUGAAGAGG